GAGGCGUUCAAAUCAGUACGGGGCGUUCCGAUUGGUUCGGGGUCGCCGCGGCAGGCCGGGCUCCCCUCGGGUAUUGUCUGGCGGCUCCUCGGGCGGUUGGAGCGGCGGAUCGGGGAGCGGAGCAGGCGCCAUGGCAGGUGGGAAGGCCGGCAAGGACAGCGGGAAGGCCAAGGCGAAGGCGGUGUCUCGCUCUCAGAGAGCCGGAUUGCAGUUCCCCGUGGGCCGCAUCCAUCGGCACCUGAAGACGCGAACCACCAGCCAUGGGCGGGUCGGGGCCACGGCCGCCGUGUACAGCGCUGCCAUCCUCGAGUACCUCACUGCUGAGGUCCUGGAGUUGGCAGGUAACGCCUCCAAGGAUCUCAAAGUGAAGCGCAUCACCCCGCGCCAUUUGCAGCUGGCCAUCCGCGGAGACGAGGAGCUGGAUUCCCUCAUCAAGGCCACCAUAGCGGGGGGAGGUAGGUGGCACCCAUAGGCACC